AUGCCUCUUUUUGGGACGAAGACGAAGACGCCAACUGAGCUCGUCAAAAUCGUCCACGAGGCGUUAGAGGUGAUUGAGAAAUGCCAGGAAGGAAAGAAAGCAGAGAAGGCACAAGAAGAUGUAUCGAAGAAUCUCGUUGGGAUGAAGACCAUUCUGUACGGAACCGGUGAUCAAGACCCGCAGACAGAGUUGGUCGGUCAGCUUGCUCACACCAUGUAUGAUAACUCGCUCUUGCUGUCGCUAAUCACGAACCUUCCUUAUCUUGACUUUGAGGCAAAGAAAGAUGUCGCCCAGAUCUACAACAACAUCUUAAGGAGGCAGAUUGGGAGUCGCUCCCCGACGGUGGAUCACAUCUGUUCCAAAAAGGAAAUCCUCUUCACACUAUGCAGGGGCUAUGAGAACCAGCAGAUUGCAUUGAACUGCGGCAUCAUGCUAAGGGACAGCAUCCGAUUUGUAGAGCUCGCUAAGAUUAUCCUCAACAGUGAUGAGUUUUACAAAUUCUUCACCUACGUAGAGAUGUCAACGUUCGACAUCGCAUCAGAUGCCUUUGCAACAUUCAAGGAGUUGUUAACCAGACAUAAAAUUCUGUGUGCGGAAUUUCUAGAGAAAAAUUACGACAGCGUGUUUGAAAAAUACCAAAAGUUGCUGAACUCGGAGAACUACGUCACAAAGAGACAAUCAUUGAAGCUGCUCGGUGAGCUGCUGCUGGACAGACACAACUUCACCAUCAUGACCAAGUAUAUCAGUAACCCGGAAAACCUUAAACUUAUGAUGAACAUGCUGAGAGACACCAGCAGAAACAUACAGUUUGAGGCGUUCCACGUCUUCAAGGUAUUUGUAGCCAACCCGAAUAAAACCCCAGCCAUCCUCGGCAUACUCCACAAGAACCAGAGUAAACUCGUCGAGUUCCUGUCUGCGUUCCACACCGACAGGACGGAGGACGAGCAGUUCAACGACGAGAAAGCCUAUCUCAUCAAACAAAUCAAAGAACUACAAAGCGAUCCCCAGUCAUAGGGUAUGCUGGCCUUCUUCAUAGGAGGCGGGGCUUUGUGGGGGUUGGAAAGGGGGGUGUUUUAUUAAAAUCUUCAUGUGGCAGAGAUAAAGGUUGGUAACCAUGCUCUCUCUACAUUGUAUUGUGUACAACAUUUGACUGGUACCCUUCGAUGUUACUUUCCAUCAUAAAUGCACCUGGCUAAUAAAAACAUAAGGCCAAGCUUUGGAAACGAUUCGAGGUGGUGGGAUUGGUUCUUCAACUAAAAAGUAAUUGGUACUCUUUCAAAUUAUUCUACAAAGCAAUGCAAUCUGAAGGGUUCCGAUAGUAGAAGAAAUUAAAGUUUGAAUUUGAGGGUGUGAUUGUCGGCCUUACCGUGUUCGCUGGCCAAAUGCAAAGCAAAACACCUAUGGACCAGUCACAAUGCUCUCCAAGUGGCCCAGUCAAGUCAAAUAUGAACGACAAUGUCAACUGGGAUGGAUUUCACAAAGAGUUAUUAGGACUAGUCCUAACUUAGGACUAGUUCUGGGAGUUAUUAAAAACUCGAG